CCCCCGACAAAUCCAACAGAGCAAAUUCUAAAAAUAUAAACCAAGAAAAAAAAAAUUUAGAUAAAUUAGAAUUUUUCUGUAAUUUUAUCCUUUCCUUCUUCAUUUCCUUCUUCUUCUUCCUCGUUUCAUGAGGAAGAAGAAAUCGAUGUAAUUUUCCGCCUCUCUUGUAAUUUAUUCGAUUGAAUUCUCCUCCUCGUCUUCCUGAAUUUGUUUUGGUGCUUGGAUUUUUGGUUUUUAGUUAUGGGGACUGAGAUUUUGCGGUCGCAGGAUUGUUUGAUUGAUAGGAUCCGGGUAUCUCCGGCGGCGUGUUCUCGCGGGAGGUAUGGAGGCAACCAGAACGCGAACGGGGGUUACAAUUAUAACGCUAGGUUUAACAGGAAGCCGGUUCGGUACGAGCAGAGGAAGCGACCGGAGUCGUCGAUCUCGACGAGGUCGAGUUCUGUGGAUGAUCUGAAAACGGUGAGGAAUGAUAUGGUGAUGGGAAAUGUGACGAUUUUGAGGCGGGGAGAGUCGUUGGGGGCAAGGAUCAGGAGCAACGACUCGUUGAAGAGGGAAUCGGACGGUGGAGAUCUGGUCGUGACGGGUACGGAUCGGUUGGGGCCAGAUCCAGAGAUGGUCCCGAAGCAGAUCCGGAUCGUGGAUAUCAGAUCGCCGGGGAAAACCGCCAUGUACGCCGGAUCGGCCUUCGCAGUGUCCCCGUCGCCGAGUUCCCUCCCGUUGCCGUCUUUCUCAACGAAGAAACAGGCUCCGAUUUGCGAUUCCGCCACCCGUGAUCUCAGGCGUUUGCUCCGGCUCGAUCUUUGAGGUUGUACUCCUAUUCCCUCCGUCAACCACCGUGGAAAGAUCCGAUUCCCUAUAUUCCGGAUACCCGGAUAUCUAUUUAGAUCCGAAUAACCUUAGUCCUACCUUAUAUAUCAUCGUCUCUAUUUCCUCUCUUGAAAUUUCACGAUCCAAUUUUCUCGUGAUUUUUUAGCAGCGAGGGGUGGAUCUGAAAAUCAGAGAAAGAUAUGGGACGAAUUAGAAAAUAUGUGUGUAUGUAAGGGGUUUGUUUGAUGGGGUGAAAAAAAGGGAGAAAAAGGAAAGGAAAAAAAAAAAGAAGAAAUGAGGGGUUGAUGUGUAAUAUUAGGGAAGUAGUAUAUUGUGGGGGAUGAAUUGAUGUUGGGCGGUGAAUGGUUUUUUAUGCUCUGUUGUGAUGAAAGAGAGAUUUGUAAUCUUUUUCCCUUUGUUGUAAAGUAAGAUUAUAUUUAGGGGAAUCAAGAUGAUCGUGUUAAUUUGUCUUUUAUCUCUUUUUCUUUUUCAUUUUUCCCUUUAUUCUCUGUGAUCUGAUCAUCCUUUCUGGGUUCAAGUUCUGGUAG